CGGGUAAUUAUAGACUCUUAUUUUGAAAAGCGAGCAUCCACCCGGAAUCACAUGUUCUUCGCGCCGAAGCUGAGAGGUCUGAACUGAACUCCGCGUUCAUGUCAAGUUUAGCGAAAGUAAUGUCCAAGUUCCGUCUGGCGGUGGUCCAGCUGCAGGUGAGCAGCGUCAAAGCGGACAACCUGAGCAGAGUCCGGAGGCUGGUGAAGGAGGCUGCAGGAGGGGGAGGACAGGUGGUGCUGCUGCCGGAAUGCUUCAACUCUCCAUAUGGGACCAGCUUUUUCCCCUCAUACGCCGAGAAGAUCCCCGGAGAGUCCACCCAGGUGCUGUCGGAGGCAGCGAAGGAGAAUAAGGUGUAUCUAGUGGGAGGAUCCAUCCCUGAAGAGGACGGUGGGAAGUUGUAUAACAGCUGUACAGUGUUUGGCCCUGAUGGAGAGAUGAUUCUUAAACACAGGAAGAUUCACCUGUUUGACAUCGACGUUCCGGGAAAAAUCCGCUUCCAGGAAUCGGAGACGCUGAGUCCAGGCGACAGUUUGUCAAUGUUUGAAACACCGUUUUGUAAAGUGGGUGUCGGGAUUUGCUAUGACAUAAGGUUUGCGGAGCUCGCACAGAUCUACAGCAGGAAAGGCUGUCAGCUGCUGGUUUACCCCGGAGCCUUCAACAUGACGACUGGUCCGGCUCACUGGGAGCUGCUGCAGAGGGGGAGGGCGCUUGAUAACCAAGUGUACGUGGCCACGGCAUCACCUGCCAGAGAUGAAAGUGCCUCCUACGUGGCCUGGGGUCACAGCACUGUUGUAAACCCCUGGGGAGAAGUCGUCUCCAAGGCAGGACCAGAGGAAGCCAUUAUUUACGCCGACAUCGAUCUGCAGUAUUUGUCCGACAUCCGGCAGCAGAUUCCGAUCACAGCUCAGCGGCGGGACGAUCUCUACGCUGUGACGUCAACACAGGAAGGAUCAGGCUGAGCGCUGUGACCUGUACUCCUGUUCUCCAACUGUGGCUGAAAUAAUCCAGGCUGAAAUGUACGUUAAUUCACGUCCAGAUGAUUUGGUUCUUUGAAAGUUGACUGAGGAUCGAUUGGGUGAAGUUCUUGUGCACUUCAUUCAUUUGACUAGCUAAAGGCAGGUUUUGUGUUACAUGAAGUAGGCGUGUCCCUUCCAGCACACACUGGGGAAGUACAUUGAUGGAUUUCAGUCUCAUUUCUGUAUUUUACUGCUGUUUUGCACAGCGUUGGGCUACAUAAUGUUCCUACAAUUUUCAGUAAAGUGAGUCAUCUGUUUUUGUUCUAAUCAGUUUCAGUGAGCAAAUGAAAUCUGUUUUGAAUAGACCUGAACAUUAGAGAAAAAGCAAAGUGUAGAGUUUCAUUUAAUCCAUUUUAAGGCAAGAAGAGAUUACUGCCAUGGAAAACUCCUCUAAAUGUUUAGCUUUGAAAUACAGCAUGUACUCCAUGUUCUUCCACAUAGGACCUCUAUUAAUGUAAUGAAAUUACAACCAACUGAAUAACCUCUUGCCUUACUCGCCUUCAUCCAAGCAUGUAGGAGAACUUUCAUUGGCCACUAAAAAUGUGAAAGUCUGUCUUUAUAGUCAGUGUUUUGUUUUCAGAUCUGGGUGACUAUAGAGAAAUUGAGAAAUCUGUAGACACAAAGGGCUCAUUGUAAUUUAUCGAAAACACAGCACUUCCCUCUUUCAGAUAAUUACACACCAAUGAAAGCACAAUUCUGAAUACUACUUUGAAUUUCUGCAAGAAGAGCCUCUUAAAUCGUUCACACUGGACCUUUAAAUACCACAUGUUCAGACCUCAUUUGUCAGAAUCUUUAAAAAAUGUCUUGUUUUAUAUUUUAUCAGGUAUAAUGAUAGAUAAUAAUUACAUCAACAGAUUGUAAUAAUUUCUGAUUGGCCUACAUUUUGUCAUCUACAAUUAACAGUCUUUCAUUGUAUCUCUAAGAAUGUGAACCAUUGAUAUUUGACUGUCCAGCUGACUGUUAAAGGAUUCCAGAUUCAUUUUAAACCAGCUUCAAAGUACCAGAAAAUCUAAUUAAAUUACCAGCAUUAUAAUCUCAGUUAACAGAUGGAGAACAGGGACAAGGAGAAGCAAAAAUACAACACAAAACACUGCAACAGAUCUGUGCUGCAGAAUGUUGACAGUCAUAGGUGUGGAAACGGGAUGAAGUUCGGACAAUCACUGUCGGAUAAUGCAUGAUUUGAGUGCAGUAAAGCUGCAGAGACUCA